AUUCCCUUUUGCUUAGAGAUUUAACAAUAAGCUUUGCUAAUCCAAUUUUCUCGGGGCUAUCUAUAGUGGAAGAGUUGUCAGCCCCCGGGGCGGACGAGGAGAUGGGGGCGGUAGGCGGCGGAUGGGCAUGCGCCGACUCCAGGGCGAUUUUUUUUAAUUCAAUUUAAUUCACCUAUAAAUACACCUCAUUCCAUUCAUUAUUUUCACAUCAUUCCAACACUUCAUCACUCAAAAUUUCUCUCACUAGAAUUUAUGGUCAGAAAUGGACAAUUUGUGGAGAGACACUUGGAAUGCUCUUAUUCAACAGGUGCAACAUCAGGCCGCCCAAGAAGAUGCGGCCCUUUUGCAAUACAACAAAUAUUUGGCCUCAAUUACCUCGUUUUCUAAUUAUUUACAUUGCGAAAACAAAAUUUUGGGGCUAUGGACAAAAACUGGGGUGGGCUAUUGGGGUGUCCGUCUUAUCAUCGUGGACACCCUAACUAGUAUAUAAAUUCCGAGUGAAGAGAAAACUACCAAAAAGUUACCCUCACUUAAUCACUUUCCAUAUCUCCUCUGUUUUUAAAGAAACACACAUCCAUGGGGAGUUGCAACAAUACCAUGGCUGUGUUAAUCAUGGUGAGUUUAUUAAUUGUGUGCAGAGUUUCAGCGGAUUUGGAGAGAUUUGAGCAGACAACAAAACGUGACGGAACGCUCAGAUUUCUUGUGGUCGGAGAUUGGGGAAGAAGGGGCGAAUUCAACCAAUCACAGGUUGCUUUUCAGAUGGGAAGAAUUGGUGAAGAAAUGGACAUAGAUUUUGUGGUGUCAACUGGUGAUAAUUUCUACGAUAAUGGAUUGAAAGGCGUCGAAGAUCCAAACUUUGUUGAUUCUUUUACAAAUGUUUACACUCCCAAGAGCCUCCAAAAGCAGUGGUUUAGUGUUUUGGGGAACCAUGAUUAUAGAGGCGAUGCUGUGGCCCAACUGAGCCCAUUGCUUAGAAAAAUCGACUCAAGAUGGCUUUGCUUGAGGUCUUUUAUUGUUAAUGCAGAGGUGGCAGAAUUGUUGUUUGUGGACACAUCUCCAUUUGUGGAAGAGUAUUUCACAAAUCCAGGUGAUCAUGUCUAUGAUUGGCGUGGCGUGUACUCUCCUAAAACCUAUACUUCCCACUUACUAAAAGAUCUUGAAUUAGCAUUGAAGAAUUCGAAAGCAAGAUGGAAAAUUGUGGUGGGUCAUCAUGCCAUUCGAAGUGUGAGCCACCAUGGCGACACUCAAGAGCUUGUGGAUCAGCUUCUUCCUAUUCUUGAGGCCAACGAUGUUGAUCUUUAUAUGAACGGACAUGAUCAUUGUCUUCAGCGCAUUAGCCACACCAAAAGUCCGAUCCAAUUUUUGACAAGUGGGGCCGGGUCGAAAACAUGGAGGGGGGAUGUGAAUACAACCAACGAGCAAGGUUUGGAAUUCUUUUACGACGGGCAAGGAUUCAUGUCCGUUGAACUAUCACCGAGUGAUGUUGCAGUUGUAUUUUACGACGUUUUUGGUGCGAUUUUGCAUAGGUGGACUAUGUUCAAAUCCGUACUCCAUUCGAUUGUAUAAAUAUCUAAUUCAGUUUCUAAUUCACUCUUUUUUUCAUAAA